CAGAGGCACCACCACCACCGCUGCUACUGCAUGGGCUUAUCCUAAAGAGAUGGACACAUUUGGCAGGAAGUCGGAGCAGAAGGCUCAGAAGCAACCUAAGCAGAAGAAAUCCAACUCGGCUGCAUUUCUGAUGGAGGAGGAAGUGGAUGGGCGACAAACUUUGGAGGGCAUCGAGAACCCUGCCUUCUGCGGUGAUGGCUGCAGUGCGGGUGGUGGCAGUAGCCGUGAAGACUGCGACGGCAGAGGAGGAGGAGGUGGUGGCCAUGAUGACAGAGGUGUCAUUGGUGGCAGUGCGUGGAGGCAGAUGAGAGGUGACAGGCAGGAUAGCACCCUUGCAGCUCAGCAACAACAAAUGAAGCUGCGAGCGCCUGCCAACGCAAGAGGAAAUGAACGUGCCCGAAAUUACUUUGACCCGCAGUCUCAGUGUUCGUCAGAAGCCAACCCAAGGCGGUCGGGGAUGAUGAUGAUGGUGACGGGGGCCGGCGCCGAAGAUGAGCUGGAAUUAAAGUACCUCAGUGAAGAUGAGAAACGGCUGUAUCACAGACUGUCACAAAUGCUUGGGGAAGAUGACACUACCGUCAUAGAUUUGCCAGCCGUAUCGCGUGUGGCGCUGGUGGUGCGGUGUUGCCCGGUGCAGUGGAGGAGGAAGAGGAGGCGGCCCAGGUUCCCCAGGAGGGAGGAGGUGAUCCCGGGCCGCUAUGUGGAGCAGCUGAGAGAGCGCGUGCAGGGUGACAUGAUCCCGCUUGGCUGCCUUUCUCUGCAGCAGGAGUCGAGCGCAGGAGGUAAGGCAGGGCUGUCGCCUGAGAGGGAGAGAGAGUGGGCGAGGAAGCGUGGACUGAUGGCCUUCUUGAGGCAAGAUACAAAGCCACCAGACCUACAAACCCAGAACAUCCGAGAGGAGAUGGUACUGCAAGAUAGGCUCUACGCAUCAUUUCAACGAGCGGAGGGACGAUUGCUGAAGGCACUACGGGAGCAGAAAGGGGAAGUUGUCACCAAAUAUGGGCAUCUGAUGGUUGCCAGGGGGAUGGAGGAGCCACCUCUGUCCUCGGCUGCGGAGCCAGCUCUCCACUGGCAGGUAGAGUGGGCCCACUCCCCGCAGCCCAUCGAGGUGCGUCUGCAUUGCCUGCGUGCGGUGCGGGACAAGCUGCCCAGGGGCCGCUACGCGGUGAGCAUGGCCCUCCACAGCCGGCUGGGUGGUCCUGCCUUGCGCUGGUCCCGCCUGGGGGAGGAGGGCCACUGGCCCGGCGCCGGCACCGGCACCGGCACCACCGAGGCCGUGGAGCACCAGGGCCGCUUCUUCGACACAGAGCUGAACAUUAACCAGAGCUUGUACACCGUGCUUCCAGCCCCAUGUGAUGUCCUGCCCUGCUCUGUGCUGCUCUUCUGCCUGCUGUCCCUGCCGGGCGAGUGCAGCCACGUGAGCGCCGUGGUGAGCUGGGCCACCUUCCCCAUCUGCGACGCCUCGCUCCGCAUCGCGCAGGGCAAGUUCAAGACGCCGCUGCUCCGCGGGAGGCCCGAGCCCGCCGUCGACCAGUUCCGCAAGAUCGAGGGCCUGCUGUCCGGCGACCUGGACAACUGGCUAUGCAACCUGUACUUCCAGGUGAGGAAGCUUCCUCGGGGCAGCAGUGGGGUUCCGGAGCCCAGUGUGGCCCUGAACAUCCCUCUCCAGACCGACUCCGAGCCCCAGCCGCGCUCCAGCAUGGAGAGGCCGGCCCCCUCCUCCUGCUCCUCCGCCUCAGAACCAGAUACAAUAGGUCCCGCACAGCCUCCAACAACCACCACCCUCCACUCCGCAGAUCCAGGGAAGGGUUCCUCUGGAAUGCUCCCAAUCCCAGGCCUAAGUGUAAGCACGGAGGAGAAACGCGAUCCCUACUCAGCCAAAGCCAAGACUGAGACACAGCACAAGGGCCUGAAACAGAAGACGCCACUCAACAAACCUCUCGCUACUGUGCAGCCAGGCAAGCAGGAGGCACACUGGAGACUCAUCAACGAGGAGCUGGAGGAGUACUCCUUCUCCCUGCAGUGAGUUGCGGGGCCUCCUGUGGUGCCCGGGCGAGACAGCGGAGGCUCCGCGGCGGAACGAGGACGCCUGGCCCUGCGCCUGUUGCCGUUGGAGCUGGGCCUGUCUCCGCGGCGACACUGGUGCGCCCGGCUGCUGCAGCUGUGCAUGGUGACUCCUCUGAUGGUGCUGAUGUGGUUCAUACGGCUCUACCUGCACUACUGCAGCCAGUGGCUCUUCCUGCAGGCCAUACGCGUACCUGUCAACAGAUUCCAGUUCCACUGGCACACGGUGGAGCUGGUGUACCAGUCUUCGUUGCUGCAUACGCGUGAGGAGGUGUGCAUGGUGGUGCUGGGUCCCCUGACUCUGAGUGCGCUCACCCUGCUGCUGCUGCUGAUCAGAUGGGGAUGGGGAUGGGGACGGGCCUGCUGCUGCUGUCGGCUACUGUUUGCCUCACUGCCGUCGCCGCUGCCCUCCCUGCUGUCAAAGUUUAUCAUGGCGCUGGCCGUCUGGACGCUGCUCCACCCCCUGGCUCUCUUGGCGGUGGACGCCGGCCUGGGGCACCUGGUGUACAGUGCGGAGCGGCCGGUGGGCGAUGCUGCCAAGCUCUACUGGCACCUGCUGAAGACAGAGCAGUCUGGGGCUGCGGGGAUCAUAGUCACCAUAUUCCUCUACACCCUCCACUUCAUGCUCUCCGUCACCAUACUCUACAUAUACUUCAUCAGGCUUCACAAUGAUGGCCGUGUUUUGGACGUGUACCAACGCCUCCACAGUCCUGAAGGCUCCUUCUUCAUCCCGCAGGACCUGGAAGUGUCCAAUCAGGAGCUGAACUACAUCAUCAAGAAGGCCGAGCAGUGGAGAGGCUUCAAUGGGGAGAGGCGCAAGGUGGCAGUGUACGACUACAUCUGGACAGAGGAGGAGCCUGGAGCGGUGAGGAGUGGGCAGCCGCCGAUGGACCCCCCCGAGGGAGAGCGCAGCACCCAUGUGUCCAUCUACACGCUGCACCUCAGCGGCCUCCGACAGCGCUAUAGGCACUUCCUGCGCCAGCCAGAUGGGGCCAUUGUGGAGGUGAUCGGUGACAUUGAUGGCGAUCAUGUGGACGGAGAGAUGUGCCCACCUGGUCCAAGAACACACAAGGAAGAGGAGGACAGUGGCACCGGAUCUUCACAGCAGCUCAGAGAGAGGAAGAGGAAGAAACACUUUUUCCGAUGCCACCGAGUGGAGCCAGUAGGAGCGAGUGUCUGUGACUCCACGCUGAAAGACCUCUCCCAGUGAUGCUCACAGAGCCUCUUAUUUACCCUCCAGCUAUACCCUCCUCACACACACUCGAGAAGCAGGUGAACUGAACUGCACACUGUACUGAAGGUGCUCUCAUCACAAACACAUUCUCUGGCUGGUAAACAGUGGCCCGAUGCAAUCCAGUGAUUUUGG